GCUGAUCUGGGCAAACACAACUCGAUUGCGUCCAGCGUGCAAUGGGACAAUAUUAUAGAAUUUGUUUGCUGCUUGCCAGCGCUCUACUAUUGCUGGCUGUAGUUCAAGCCGAAAAAGACCAACAACAUGCUCGUUCCGCGUCGCGCGUCUCGCCGGCGCUGAAGUACGAGCAGGAGACGGAGAGCAGCUACUGGCGGGAGAAGGCGCAGAGUACGUUGGCGGCCAAGCUGGCAGCUCUGGAGGCGUUGCAAACGAAGCAGGCGAAGAAUGUGAUCAUGUUUCUGGGCGAUGGCAUGUCCGUGCACACGGUGACAGCCACCCGGAAUCUGUUGGGCGACAGCUCCGAGAAGGUGUACUUCGAGCAGUUCCCGUACACGGGUCUGGCCAAGACGUACUGCGUCAAUCGGCAGGUGGCCGACUCGGCCUGCACUUCGACUGCCUAUUUGGGCGGUGUCAAGGGCAACUAUGGCACCAUUGGGGUCAAUGCGAAUGUGCCCCGUUACGACUGCAAGGCUGCCUAUGUGACUGAGGAUCAGGUGGACAGCAUUGCCAAGUGGGCGCAGGAUGCGGGCAAGGAUGCCGGCUUUGUGACCACGGCACGUGUCACACACGCCUCGCCGGCAGGCAUGUACGCCCACAUCGCUGAUCGCAACUGGGAGAACGAUGCGGAGGUGAGCGAGGCGCAGUGUGAUCCCGAGGAGAGCAUCGACAUCGCCCGCCAGCUGGUCGAAUGGGAGGUGGGCAAGCGGCUGAAGGUUAUUUUGGGUGGCGGCAAGCAGAACUUUCUGGACCGCAGCAUGCGCGAUGAGGUGGGCCAUCCCGGCUAUCGCCAGGACGGACGCAAUCUGAUCAAGGAUUGGCUGGCCGACAAGCAGGCACAGAAUGCCAGCGCCAGCUACGUCUGGAGUCGCAAGGGCCUGACCCAGCUGGACCUGGACAACACGGACUAUCUGCUCGGCCUGUUUGCCAACGGCCAUCUGCCCUACGACGGCGAUCGGGCACGCAGUCCCAGGAACAGCCAUCUAGCGGAUCCCUCGCUCACCGAGCUGACGGAGGCGGCGCUGCGCGUGCUCCGGCGCAACGAGCAGGGUUACUUCCUGUUCGUGGAGGGCGCACGCAUCGAUAUGGCGCAUCACUCGAACUAUGCGCGGCGCUCGCUGGAGGACACCGCCGAGUUCGCACGGGCCGUGCAGCGGGCGCGCGAAAUGACCGACGAGUCGGAUACCCUGAUUGUUGUCACCUCGGAUCACUCGCACGUCAUGACCAUCAAUGGUUACCCGCUGCGCGAGCAGGCGAUUACGGGCCUGGCCAAUAAGCUGGCCGACGACGAGCUGCCCUACAAUAUACUCUCCUAUGCCAAUGGACCCGGCUUUGAUGGCACCUACAACAAGGCCGAGGGCCGCAAACGCAUCACCCAACAGCACACGGAGCAUCCGCUCUAUGUGAGCCCCGCGAUGGUGCCCCUCAACGCGGAUACCCACGGUGGCGACGACGUGGCCGUCUUUGCCUCCGGGCCAUAUGCCCAGUACUUUAGCGGCAACUACGAGCAGAGCAACAUUCCCGCCCUGAUGGCAAGGGCGGCUGCCAUCGGACCCUAUGCCAAUGUCCAGCCCUAAAGCGAGUGUGUGUGUGUGUGUGCUAGUGUGUAUGUGUGUGUGUGUGGAGUUAGAUUUGCCUGUUUUUGUCAAUUCGAGUUGCGAAAUGCAAUUAAAACGUGAGCAAAAUUGCUAAAUGCACUUCUCA